GGAGGCCGGGGCUGGGGCAGCGGGGAGGAGAGCGCAGGGUGAGCCCCGGCCACUGCGGCACCGGACUGCGGCCAGAAGGCAGAGUAUCUGGUGGGAAACUGAGGCACGACGGCCUGUCAUUGGCACCCUAACGUGACAACAGGCUUGGGAGCGGGCCGGCGAGGAUGGGGCUUGCUGCCCUAGCCAUGGCCACCCUGCUGGGGCUGGUGGUGGCCACGCCGGAGGACGUGGCCGAGAACAAGACCCGGAUCUGCCAGCCGGCUCCACAGUGGGCGAUCAACGGGACGGCCCCGAUGAAAAGGGAGCUGGGGCGGGUGACGGUGGUGGCGCUGCUGAAAGCCAGCUGACAGUUCUGCCUGAAGCAAGCCCACAGCCUCGGUGGCUUGCGGGCGAAGCUGUCCCGGGACGGGCUGACAGACAUCAGCUACAUGAUCGUGAACGAGAAGGCGGCGCUCUCCAGGGCCAUGUACUGGCAGCUGAAGCGCCAGGCCCCGAAGGGCGUCCCCGUUUACCAGCAGGAGCUCCUGGAGCCGGACGUCUGGCAGAUCCUGGACGGGGAUAAAGACGACUUCCUCAUCUAUGACCGGUGCGGCCGGCUGGCUUUCCACAUCCCUCUGCCCUACAGCUUCCUGCACUUACGCUACGUCGAGUCGGCCGUGCGCGUCACUCACGCCAAGGACUUCUGCGGCAACUGCUCCUUCUACUCCAACAGCACCCAGGAGGCAAACAGCACGGCAGAGCCACAUAAAAAUGUCACGCAGCUUCCCGAGGUGGAAGAGACGCUGUCUUCUCAUGACAGCGCCGCCCAUCGCCCUCACGACCACGGAGCCGGUAUCCACAGCCAUCCGUGGACCACCACCUCUGCCCACAGCCACCACCGAGACCGUCGCCAGGCCCGUCACCAGGGGCAGCAGCCUGAGGUGCCCCCGCGCCAGGAGGAAGAGGAAGGGGAGGUGCCAUAAAGGGGACAACCGGAGGGCUCGGCACAUGUUCCCCAUAGCAGGGUGGCUGGUCUCGUUCACCAGCAUGGGUCUCUGUCUCCCAGGCACCUCCCAUGCACAGCCCCCCUGCGCAGCGCCCCCCAGAGGUGGCCCAUGGUGUGGCGCUGCCCCAGCCCAAGGAAGCCCCUUUGAAAGUGCCGCUGCAAAUGUUGGCGCGAGACACGGCCCCACGAGGCCCCCGCUCCCAGCCCCUCCUCUCCAUGCCUGUCCCUCUACUGUCUGAAGAGAAGACCCCCCCACAUGGAGGCGCCGCGGCUGCCCGGCCCGGGGCUGAUUCGGACCCUGCCCUCCACCGAUCCCGCCUGCCUGCGCUCAAUGAAGCCCGUGGCGCAAACCGGCCUCCCGGUCACCACAGGCCGACGCUGCGCAGAAAAGCCAGUUGGGGGAGCGGGAG